AUGGUAACAAGAAUUGAUCUAUUUGGAAGUGAAAUUCUCUUGAGAUUUGAUGGAAAAUAGUCAUAUCAAACUUAAUUAGGUUCUGUUGUAACUAUUUUAAUAGUAGGCUUUAUUUCUUUCCGCUUAGCUUUUAUAGUCCUUGAUGCAUUCUAAAGAUCAAACCCUCAAGUAAUUUAUAAUGAAAGAUAAGUAGAUGAUCCUGCUGCUUUUAAUGCCACAAGUUAUUCUUUUCCUUUUGCGAUUGCAAUGGAAGAUCCUGUUUUAUAAAACUACUAUAUCGAUGAAAGCAUCUACACUGUUAGUGCCACUUUCAAAUAGAAAUUUUUAGUAUACAAUGAAACAACACAAAAUUAUGUAACAAUCUGGAAUAACACUGUUCUUUAAUUAAAACCCUGUACUUUGGAUAAUUUUUAAAAUCCAAGUAAUCGAAAUUAUUACACCCAACUUAACUAUACAAACAUGUAUUGUCUUCCCCCAGAUUUUAAUAUUGCAAUUUAAGGUGAUUUUCCCUCAUCUGUUUUCUCUUAUUUAUUGUUAACUGUACAGCAAUGCACUCAUAACUGUAAAUCAAAAGACUAAAUUACCAAAUUUUUAAAUAAUGCUAACUUUGGUAUGCAACUCUCUGAUUCUUAUGUGGAUCCAACAUCCAAAGAUAAUCCUUAUAAAGUUUAUUCAAGAGAUAUGUUUUGGGGCACCAGCCCUCAAUUACCUAAAGAUGUGCAUAUUUAUCUUAGAAAUAAUUAUGUUUACAGCGAUUUUGGAUGGUUUUUUUCAGAUAUUCAAACUCAGAAAUAUCCUUCUUUUAGCUAUUAAGAGGACACAACCUAUCCUCCAUAUUCGUAAUAAUAUAUUUUGAGGAUUAUGAUUAGGUUUGAAAAACAGAAAGAAGGUGUUUAUAAAAGAACUUAUUAAAAUUUUAACAGUAUAAUUUCAGAGAUAGGUGGCUUUACUUAGAGUCUUUUAGCGAUUGGGUAUUUAUUUUGCAAGAACUUUUCUAAAUUAAAGUUAAAUUUAGAACUAAUAAAUCAAUAUUUUAAUUAUGAUGAAACUAGCUUAGAAAAUAAUUAAAACGAUUAAGAAGAUAAAUCAAGUUAAAAAUAGCAACAAUUUGAUUUAUAAUAAAGUUUGACAGAUGAAUAAUAUUAAGAUGAAAUAAAGGUAAAUGAAGAAAAGUUUAAAAGUUUAAGGAAGAGAAAUUUUUUGAAUCAAAAUUCAUUUGAAAAUAAGGUAAAAAACUAAAAUAAGCAAGAUUAAAACAGUUUAUCUCCAUCUUUUAAUAAAUUCAGUAUUAAUAAUAAUAUGAGUUUUUUAAAAGCUUCACCUGCUGCUGCUCAUUAAAAUAUAUAUCACAUAAAAAAUAAUAAGUAAUAAUUCAAUUAAUCGAGUAUCAAUAAGCCAACCAGAGAUAAAUCAAAAACAAAUAACUCAAAUACAUUAAAUUCUCCUGAUGAGUAGAACAUUUUUGGUUAGGACAGUAAAAUUUAUUUUAAAAAAGCUAAUGCUGCAACCUAAAGAAAAAAAGAGAGCUAAUUUAAAUAGAUGAUAGAAAAAAAGAUAAAUAAAAUAAAUGUUAGCACAUGGGAAUAUUUUAAAUCAUUUAUCAUUCCUACAGAAAAAUACAAAAAGAAGAAAUAAAUUAUUAAAUACAGCGUCGAUAAGUUAUAUCACAAUCUCGAUAUAUUUAACAUAUUAAAGAAAUUAGUGGAUGUAGAAAAAUUAAAGAGAUUACUUUUAGAUUAAGACUAGUUAAGAUUAUUUGAUUGUCUUCCAAACCCCACAAUACAACCAGAUUUAGCAUUUAAAAAAUAGUCUUCUUAAAUAUGGGAUUAAAAAAACAAAGAAGUAGAUUUAAUGUACUAAGAUGAAAGAUCUGAAAUGUAAAAGCUGAGCGAUGCAUUCUAAUCAUACAUGAAUAUAACAUAGAAAUAAAAUUAAAGAGGCAUAGAUAAAAAGAUUAUAAAUUUGCUUGAUCGUAAUCUGCUUUAGAUCUUUUAAAAAGAAGCUGAAGAAAGAUAAAACAUGUAAAUGACGAGGUAAAACAGUGAAUCACCUAAAUGUAAUAUUUAUAAUCAGGUUUUAUCAUAAUCAAAUAUGCCAUAAAAAGUAUUCUAAUUGUUUUAGCAAUAAAAUUAGAUCAAGUAGGAUUCAAUCCUUGAUGCUAAUAGCUGCAAUCAAUCAGAUUUAAGCUGCGUUUUAGAUGAGUUUAUGAAAGUAGAAGUUUAAAAUAAAUCAAAUUAAGCCACUUAGAUAAAAGAUUGUUUUUCUAAUUAGGAAGCUUUAAAAACUUCUUAAUUAAUUUCUACUAAUAUUGUUUUAAGAUUAGAAAAGUAGAAACUGCCAAAUUAAUUUGAAUCCAAAACUAAUUAAUUAGAUAAAAUAUGA